ACUAUUCGCUCCAUCAGGCACCAGUUGCAGCAGUGCCUUCCAGCUGACAGGUAGAAAUAUUUUCUUUUGGCUGCUGUGGCAUUCUAUCGUUCUCGAUCGAGACCAUCGUUGUUAAAUACGCUCGAAUAUAUAUUGCCAAGUACCAUAACCCAAAUAGUUUUAAUUACUGUGAUAAUUGCAUUGAUUAUAAAAGAAUUUGACGACGAGUGAGAAAUGAAUUUGCAAACGACGCUCCCAUUUGCCAUACGUAAGAAGAGUUUUUAUGGAAAUAAAGGUGAUACUCCGAGUUUAGAUUUUAGCAAUGCAUCUCUUGGAAAUACUCCGACAAGGAGAUACACACCGACAGUUAAGAAGAUGGUUGAUAUAAGCAGCGAGUCUGAAUCGGAUUCUGACGCGGAGAACGUAGUCAAUGAAAAUAAUAAUAUUACCAAGACGCCUUUGAAGACGCCAAAACGGCGUCGGGGUAAAAAUGAAGCCAAAGAAGAAAAUGGCUCCACUCCACCCAAGCAGGUAAAGACUCUUUCUCCAACAACACCAAGCACUUUGUUGGGUCAGCUGAGUCUCAUUUCACCGGAAAAACAAGACAAGUUAGCUCCCAAGAAAUUAUUUCCAUCUAGUAAAUACAGUGAAGCCCGUAAGGCUUUGCAUAGUGCCUUGCCAGAAAAUCUUGUUGGUAGAGAGGCUGAAUUAUGCAAGCUGGAGGAGUAUAUUCAAUUCCAUUUGGAUAAUGAAACUUCAGGUUCUCUGUAUGUAUCUGGUCCACCUGGUACAGGGAAAACUGCAAGCCUUUCUAAAAUUAUGUUGAAGCCAAAAUUCAAAAAGGCAUUUCAAAUUGUUUAUGUAAACUGUACAACUAUGAAAUCAGCCAGCUCAAUUUAUUCGAAGAUCAUUCAAGAAUUGGGACUGAAGACUACUAAAUCUGCAAGAGGUAGUAAAACUGCCAUUGAAAAAUAUUUGGCUCAGUCGCAUAAAAUGCUGUUAUUGGUGCUUGAUGAGAUGGAUCAACUUGAAACCAAGAAUCAGGCUGUACUUUAUUCUAUAUUUGAAUGGCCUUCUAUACCAGAAUCCAAACUAGUACUUGUUGGAUUAGCUAAUGCUUUAAACUUGACAGACACAAUAUUGCCAAGAUUGCAAGCAAGAUGUGAAUUAAAACCAACUCUACUACACUUUCAAUCGUACACAAAGCAGCAAAUUAUGGAUAUUAUUACAGAAAGGCUAAAGGAAGCCAAUGUAUUAGACAUAUUCACUGGUACUGCUAUGCAACUAUUAGCAGGAAAAGUAGCAGCCGUUUCUGGAGAUAUUAGAAGAGCUCUGGACAUUGGCAGAAGAGUUGUAGAAAUUGCUGAAUCACAAAAGAUGAUGCAAGUCCUUCAACCUACUAAUGAAAAUGAUGCAAAUCCAGACAGUGCCUCAACUGCAGAAAGUGCAAAUGAAAAACCAGUAGAUUUUAAAGAAGUCCGUUCUGUUCUUAACAAAGUUUAUGGUGGUUCUGAAAAUGCAGACUCUGAAGAAAGCAGUUUUCCUGUGCAACAAAAGAUUCUUCUUUGUUCAUUAAUGCUUAUUCUCAACAAAUCUAAAAACAAAGAUGUAAAUAUGGGAAAGCUGCAUCAAGUUUAUAGAAAAGUAUGCAUGAAGAGAAAUUUACAAGUAUUAGAUAUGUCGGAAUUCGUUAGUUUAUGUAGUUUAAUCGAGACGCGAGGAAUUUUGAGAUUGAUGAUGAAGAAGGAAACGCGUUUGUCAAAAGUUAGUUUGCAAUGGGAUCAAGAAGUGUUGACUGCUGCUCUGCAGGACAAAGUCCUUACUUCCGAAAUUAUAAAUGACGUUACUUGUUUACCCAACUGAUCAUUUCAUUGUUAGUUGCAUUAUAUUUAUUACGUUUGACUUUCUAUUUUUAAAUCAGAACUGAAGUAUUAAUUUUAUUAUUUAUUGAUAUUUAGCAUGAAUUGAUAGUGAAAGUGGCAUUUUGCGCCUAUUGUACAAAUAUUUAUAUUGAUGGAUCUAAGUUAAUUACUGUUAAUUGUAUAUUUUAGAACUAGAAUAUAUAAGAUCGACUUGGAUACUAUCAAUUACCUGCGAGUGUAUGUGUGUAUAUAUUUGUGAACAAGUUAAAAAUGCCUCAUUUGAGAGCGGAUGUGUGCCUUACUAUGGAAGUUUUUAACACUGCAUUGUUUUGAUCUUGCCUAAAAUUUUACAAUUAUAGAUUAUUAUUAGACUAUUAACUUGUAAGUCUUAUUCGAAAACAUCGAUGACUUUAAGAAUAGGUUUUCCAAGCUUGUUAAAUAUUUUAUAGAUAUUGGUAUGUUGUUCUAAUGAUGGAACAAGAAUUAAAGUUUGUACAAUAAAAACUUCUUUAAAAUUACAAUUAUAA